CGUAGGCGAGCCGCGAUCGGACGAUCGAUGAGGAAGAGAGCAGCUUGUGGCUCGUCUGAACCAAACCUCUUCCUACAAUUAAAACAAAAAUAGGUCCCACAAUUCAAAAAAUUCCACUUUUCUCUCUCCAUCAUUUAAUUUUCCUUUCUCUCCCACUCUCUAAAACUGUCGACUACUUUUUCUCUCUUCUCUUCUUCUUUCUCUCUCUCUCUCUCCCAAAUAAUUCCAAAUGCCUCUCGACAACGACGGGUGUGAGAAACACGACGCCGGCGACGAUGGCUACGGGCAGGAAAAAGACGACAACGCAAGUAGAAGACGACGGUGCUUGGCAACGCCGUUAACGCUGUUUGAAGGAAGAAGAAAUUGGCCGAGCAAGAAGGAAGACAUCGACGCCGGUAGCGCGAUGAAGACGACAACACCGGCUGCAAAGAGAAGAAAGUUUUUGAGGAAUUUUGCAAGAUGACAAGAUCCAAAAGCUGUUCGAUUCCAGCUCCUCAAUGAGAAGGGGAGGGGGAGGCACAUCACUGGCUCAAAACUAUUGCUUUCUCAUUUCUUAUGUGGUUGUGCUUUUUCGGAUUUGAGAUUCUGGGAUUGCCAAGUUGUAAUGGCAUUGAAUACUAGUUUUAUCGCGGUUUGUCGAUAAAACAACUCUUUUUCAUUAUGGAUUUGAGUUUGUUAUUGUGAAAUAUUAUUAUGUUAGGUUUGGAUAUUAGUUAUGGAAUGUAUGGAUAUUAAUCUGCGAUGUCCGGAUAUUAUGGUCUCAUAUUAGUUCUGUGAGGUCCAAUGUUAUUUAAGUGAGUCUGGAUAUAACACUAGUGGCGGAGGUAGCCCAUUGGUGAGUGGGUCCCGGGACCCACCUUGGGCUUAGACAUACUUCAUAGCUCGAGGAACUUUCUUCACUGAAGGUCGAUGCUUCAUGCUUCCGUUGCCACUUAUCAGCUCCGCUUCCAAGUUAAUCCCUAAUCACUUCUUCGUAAUCAAAAUUAAAAUCCCCU